ACAAAUUAUCGAUUUUCGCAUCCACCCACCAGUCAAAGGCGCACUGUAAACAAAACACACCGAUUGUAGCUACCCAUCUUUCCCAGUAGACCAGUGAAUCGAUCGUUUGCGGUUUUUACGAGAAAAGUCCAACCUUUGCGAUGGAAGCAACCACCGUCGCCACUUUGCUGGAGAUACCAAGCAACAACCCCAUCUCGUACUGUCGACUGUGUCUGUCCAGUUCGCUGGUGGAACCCCUCUUUCCUGGGGAUCCGAAACAGAGCUUGAUCGAUCUGAUAGCUAAGAAUGUCCAGGUCACGUUAAUGGUCGAGGAGGAUCUGCCCUGUGCCGUAUGUCAGAAUUGUCGCCUGAAGCUGGAGGAUUUCGAACGAUUCCGUGAUCAAUGCCAGAAGUUGGACAGCUUUGUCCGUACCAGACGACGGGAGUUGGCACUAUUGCAGGAAGCAGUCGUCGGGCCGCAGCUUGAAGAUGACGGUGCCAUGGGAUUGGGGGACGUAUCCGAAGAAAUUGCCAUCAAAGCCGAUCCGGAAGCAUUGCUUGGAGACGAGGACAGCUUACCGUACGUACUGACUGACGAUAGCUGGCACCGGUGUAAGUUCUGCUCGGAAGCAUUCCAGAGUUUGUCCGUACUGGUGGAGCACUUCCGGAUGCGUCAUCCGGAUGAAUCAAAAAUGUACAAAUGUCCCCACUGUUCGCGUGCGUACGCGGCUAUAGAAGCCAGUGAGACUGUGUGUCCGACGUUUAAAUGUGACGAAUGCGAUGCCGGUUUCGGUCACCGGAUUGGAUUGUCCCGACACAAGGACCGCUAUCACAAUAAGGCUUCUCCGAACUAUUCCAUCCAGCGAUUCAAGUGCGAUCACUGUCCGAACGUAUUCGUCGAUGUGAAGCAGCGUUCCCGGCAUCAACUGCAGGAGCACAUGAGUGCUCCGAAAAGUAGCAAGAGCUCAUCGCAGGUCGAUGGGAUUCACGUGUGCGAGAAGUGCGCGGUCACGUUUUCGCCGUACCAGGCGCUGCUGGUUCACAUCCAGGAGUACCACUGGAAUGAUCCACCGCAGGAGACGUUCAACUGUUCGGUUUGUACGAAGCCCUUCGACAAACGGCGACUGCUGCAGUAUCACAUUCUGGUGGCACACCUGGGACAGAUUCCCUAUGCUUGCAACCACUGCGGAGAAUGGUUUCGGACCAAGUCACAGCUGAAACAGCACAAGGCCAUGUUCCACGAGCGGAAUCUAUUCGAUGCUAAUCGGUGCGAAUUUUGCGGUCAGACCUGCGUCGAGGAAGAACCGCAGCAGGAGGUACAGGCUAUGCAAUAAGAGUGUGCUGGGGUUGGUGGCUUUUUCUUGAUGUGUGUUGAAUAAAGAUGUGAAAUG